ACAGCUGAUGCUGCGGUCACGUGACCCUCCUCCGGGUUUUCCUGCAGCUCUCAGUCAGACUGGAUCAGUUUGUCUGCUGGACUCAGAGAGAUGGCUUCAUCCUUCCUCUGCCUCACCCUCCUCUUCAUCACCAUCUACUCAGCAGAUGGAUUUGAGAUGUAUACAGUGGAUCGGUGUGUGUUUAACUCUACGGAGCUGAAGGACAUCGAGUACAUCAGGUCUUAUUACUACCACAAACUGGAGUUCACCAGGUUCAGCAGCAGUUUGGGGAAGUAUGUCGGAUACACGGAGUACGGAGUGAAGAAUGCUGAAAGCUGGAACCAAGAUAAAGGAAAUCUGGCUGCUAUGAACGCUCAGAAAGACACGUACUGCCAACACAACAUUGGUAUUGACUACCAGGGUUUUCUGUCUAAAUCAGCUGAACCCACUGUAGAACUGUACUCCACCACGCCCCCUGCUGGUCGCCAUCCCGCCAUGUUGGUCUGCAGCGUCUACGACUUCUACCCUAAAACCAUCAGAGUCAGCUGGCUCAGAGACGGACAGGAAGUCAGGUCUGAUGUCACUUCCACCGAUGAGAUGGAGGACGGUGAUUGGUACUACCAGAUCCAGUCCCACCUGGAGUACACUCCCAGGUCUGGAGAGAAGAUCUCCUGUAAGGUGGAACACGCCAGCCUGAAGGAGCCUCUGAUAAAGGACUGGGACCCGUCCAUGCCUGAGUCAGAGAAAAACAAGAUCGCCAUCGGAGCCUCAGGACUGAUCCUGGGUCUGAUCUUAUCUCUGGCUGGAUUCAUCUACUACAGGAGGAAGGCCCGAGGUCGUAUUCUGGUCCCUACAAACUGAGACCAGAUCCUGGUUCUGGACCUGGUCCUGGUUCUGGUCCUGUCAGAUGUAGAACCAGCUGCUGCUUUAACCUGCCUCCUCCUCCUCAGCAUAAGAUGAUCCUGGUUGGACCGGACUGAUGUAAACCUGAUCCAGAACUGGACUAACAGGUCUGAACCUGGUCCAGGACCCUCACAGUGGUCCUCCAUCAGGUCUCAGUCCUCUGACAGUCCUGGAUCAGGUGUGAUCUGGACUGUGGUGUGUGCUUCUCUGUGUAAAUCAGUGUGUUCUAUAACAUGUAAUCAGAUCUAUUGAUGAUGAUCAGCUUCAACUGUUUUCAGUUUUUAAUAAACAGAAACUCUCCUGUC